AUGGGCAACAGGUGUGUUGGUAGGAGGGCAUACUUGGCAAAGGAUUCGAUGGGAACUGUUGAAGGGCAAGCGGAAGUAGAGAAGCGACAAAACGAGAGGUUGCAGAAACUGGAAACGGCUCGACACGAGGCACUACGCACUCUCAAAACCUCGCAGGCCCUUACAAAGGCUGAAACGACAAGAAAGAUUAAAAUACAGAAGGCCAGGGAACAAUUAGGCAUCAAACCUUUCGACGAUAGAAGCGAAGAAUCGUCGGAAUCUGAAAUGUAG